CAUUCUUUAAUCUCAAAGACUUGUCUUUGACAAUAAGUAAUCUCAAAGACCAGAUCUCAUCUCCCCAACACAUUAUUUAGUUCCCCCUAAGUUCCGCCAUUAAAGCUCUUCAUUCACUUCAUUCCCUUUGCUUAUUUUCUAUUACAAUUACAACCCAUUUUUCUAAACUCCAUCAAUAUUCAAAAAGGAACUUCAAUGGCUCUAAAGAAACCUGGUUUGAUUGCUUUAUUUGAUGUUGAUGGAACACUUACAGCUCCAAGAAAGGUGGCUACCCCUGAAAUGCUGGAGUUCAUGAAGGAACUGAGAAAGGUUGUUACUGUUGGAGUAGUAGGUGGAUCUGAUCUUGUUAAGAUAUCUGAGCAACUUGGGAAAUCAGUGAUUAAUGACUAUGAUUAUGUAUUUUCUGAAAAUGGACUUGUUGCUCAUAAAGAUGGGGAACUCAUUGGAACCCAGAGUUUGAAGUCGUUUCUCGGAGAAGAUAAGCUGAAGGAAUUUAUAAACUUCACAUUGCAUUAUAUUGCUGACUUGGAUAUCCCGAUAAAAAGGGGGACAUUCAUUGAAUUCCGAAGUGGGAUGCUUAAUGUAUCUCCGAUUGGACGUAACUGUAGCCAAGAAGAAAGGGAUGAAUUCGAAAAGUACGACAAGGUUCACAAUAUUCGCCUGAAAAUGGUGUCUGUACUUCGAGAAAAGUUUGCUCACCUUAACUUGACAUUUUCAAUUGGAGGGCAAAUAAGCUUUGAUGUUUUCCCCGAGGGCUGGGACAAAACAUAUUGCUUGAGAUAUCUUGAAGAGUUUCAAGAAAUCCACUUCUUUGGGGACAAAACUUACAAGGGAGGUAACGAUCAUGAAAUUUAUGAAUCGGAGAGAACAGUAGGACACACAGUUACAAGUCCUGGUGACACAGUGAAGCAGUGCAAAGCUCUCUUCUUAAGCAACCCUUGAACGAUACCGCUUUUCUUCUUGGUAUUACCGAGUUGUAUCGAGUGGUUUAUGGGAAAGAAUAAGUGGCAAGCCGGGUGCUGGCUCAAGUAUGUAGUUUUUAUAUUAUUCAGUAAUAGUUCAAAGUGGUUAAAUUUUGGGUAUUUAGAACUUGCAGAAAAUAUGGUAUCACCAUGAUUCUCUUUUACUAUCAUUUGAGGGAAUCAUGAAUUUUGGACAUUCACUUUAUUAAGGUUGCAGCAAUUUAUAUAUGUAUUUAUAUAUACACUGAAGCCGGCAGGAUGAACUGCUCAAUAAUAAAUAUAAUCUGUGUCUUAUAUUAUAAA